UGAUUUUCCCGCCUUUCUCUCUCUGAAAAAGCAAAAAAAAAAACAAAACUUGGAGAGCAAGAAACCGAAAGAAAGCCUCUUGAGAAUCGUUGACUAAUGGAGUCUUCUCUCUUUAGAGACGACGAAGAAGGCGCAGAGCUCUUCCGCGACGCCAAAGAGCUAAUCGCUAAAGGAGACCACACCAAGGCCCUGGAGAUACUCGAAGAUCUGUUACUAUUCUACGCACAAGAAGAAGGCUCAUCGCUUCUACACAACGAACAAGCUACAAUCUUCUCGAAGCUAUCACGAGAAGCAACGAAAAACCCUAACUUGGCGUUCACGUACCUUUUGGCUUCAGUGUCAUGCCUUGCCGAACAAGCAAACCUCUCGCGGCUCUGCGCAGAAAGGCUCCACCAACUAGGUCAACACCUUGGAUCGGUGAUGUACUACAAGGAGUGUGUUCGCAUAGGGAAACAGAGUUUAUAUGUUUCUCGAGGCCUAGAAGAGGAAAGGAGGAAAAAACUGGAGUUUAUGAUCAAAGAUGCAGAGUUGAGGAUCCUUGAGUGCAAGACUGAGACUAUUAGAACCGAUGAGGCGAAGUUUGUUGAGACAAAGAGAAGUCCAGAGCCUGUUAACAAAGGACUGAGGUUGUUUUGGAUUGGUUUGGAUGUUAAGAUCAAGAGGGAGUUGAUGAAAGUAAGCAUUGAGAAGCUUAGAGGCUUUGUACAUAGCAGCGAGGGGUCACUAAAGGCUUUGGAGAAAGUUCUCGCUUAUGCUAAGGAACACAAGAGAUGGACGACAUGGGUGUGUCGAACUAUAUGUUUAGCGGAUUUCUCUAAAGCUGAAGAGUGUAAGGCUCAUUUUGAGCAACAACAUGGUGCAGAUUUUAAGCCUGAGUUGGAGAAGGAUGUGGUCGUGAGGAUAGGGAAAAACUGGGGUCAUAAGAUUAAGGGUGGAGGUUGGGAUGCGGUGGAUACAUUAGCUGCUGUUGAGAUGAUCAAAACUCAGCUUGAAGAUGUGAAAGCGUUUACAACGGAAGCUAGGAAGAAGGGGUGGUCAAACCAAUGGCCUUUGGUCGAGGAUGAAAACCGGAGUGGUUUGCUCAAGGAAGUUAAACUACUCCUUGUGUCGCUCUAUGAGCAUCAGAUUCUCUCCUGCAGUAUUAGAGACUGGGUGAUGCGUUUUCCGGUUAAGCAUCUUAGGAAACUCGAGGUUUCGGAAGAGAGUAUUAACGAUUGUCACAUAGUGGAAACACCACAGAGCGUAUGUUUUCUUGGACGUUAUGAGCUCAGUCAGAUCCUAGCCUUUCUAGGAACUAUCAAGUGUGAAAGGCAUGAUGGUACAGAACAAGUUUGCAGAGCAGUGGACAGUGUGUUGGAUCGUAUUCGAAUUAAAGAAAGUGUCGAACUCGACGAGCAGUUUUCAUUGAUGCUCCUGGAUAAAAGACUGUUGAAAAGCAAUAGUGCUGCUCCAUUUGAUGGUUGUGUUGAUGAUGGGAAAAUCAAAUUCAUUAAAGAUCCUGAUGUUCACUACGCCAAGGCACAAGCUCAGGGAGGUGAUAUGAUAUCCUGGUUAGGUGACUCCUCUUCAGUGGAUAAAAGCUUUCCAAAACCUAUCAGGGAACACAAUCUUGAAACCUGGGUGGCUGUUCUGAGAGCUGUUCAGUACACAUGUAAAGCAUUGAGAACCAAGUAUGUAAUGAAAGAGCACGUCUUGGAGUAUGAAGCAGCUCUUACUUUCGUGGAGAACUUGUGUAUGCUUGAAGAUAAAAGAAGAGAGAAUGCUCAGGACGAUCGAAGGAAGAAGAGCUAUGCAUCUCUUCUCUGUGAUAGAUGUGAAGAGAGAGUCCCAAAAGAAAAAAAUUCCCUCACUGCAAGAUUGUUCUUGUGUGCAGUAAGAGAUGUUUUCGAGGGAGGAUGGGAUCCGACAUUUGAUUUAGAAGAUUGCAUGAGUCGUGUACGUGAGGGUAAAGGUCUCAGAGAUGACAUAGUGUUGAAGUACAUAGAACUUCUAAAAUCGGCUGUCACAGAAAAGGUUCUGCGGAUCGAUGCAAAGAUAUUGCUGAUUGAUAAUUCAAGGAUUAGAUUGUUAGACAAGCUCACAAGUCUUUCUGCUUUUGACAACCGCUCUUAUAUGCUUCAACUGCUAAAACCUUUCUUGCUGAGUGAGAUUUUAAAUAUGGAAUCAAAAGCCAAGUCAGAAGCAGCAGAAGCAUAUCUUUUACUCGAAGAGGAGAGGAAGUCACUCAAAGAGGAGAAGAAGUCACAGGCGAAAAAAAAGAAGACAAGUAAAAGCACUAAGAUAACUUCAACGAGCAUGGCUAGUCCCGUUGAACAAAAACCUUCAAUCGACCAUGAACCGGGAGGUACAUCUCAAUCACCAAAAACGAUGGAAGAAGAUUCCAUCACAAUGGAACCAGAAGAUACUCUUGGAACUGAAAAGGGUCCAUUGGAAAUUUCAUCCACCAAUGACAUUCAAGAGGGAGCUACUAAAGUUAACACUGAUGAUAUGCAAAACAUGCCUGAAGAAGGUUCACUGUCCGGACAUUUGGAGUCAUCACUUGACAUGACGCUUAAGAAUGAAAUUGUGAUUAUGGAACCCAAAGUCAAGUCAGAUGCAGCAGAAGGGAAGAAGAAGUCACAGGCCAAAAAGACGAAAAAAGAUAAAAGCAUUAAUCCGAUAACUUCAACGAGCAUGGCUAGUCCUGUUGAUAAGACUAUUGAACAUGAAUCUUCUGUCAAACUUGAACCGGAAGAAGAUUCUAUGGAACCGGAAAGAGGUCGAGUGGAAGCUACUACAGUUGACCGUGAUGAUAUGAAAAACAUGGCUGGAGAAGAUUCACUGUCGAAAAUUUUGGAGCCAGUCCUUGAAGGAGCUACAGCGAGAUACAAUUCAGCUCUUGACACGACGCUAAAGGCCCUUCUGAGCAUAAACGUUCUUAAAAAACAAGUUCUAAAUUACAAUAAGCAACCAGUUCAUGACAACCUAGAAGAACAAGUUCUAUGUGCGCUACAAAUUUUAUUCACUGCGGCUGUGUCAGAGGAAAUAAAAACUGAGGGAGUCUACAGUCUCAUCUUGAGAGACUUACUCGUGUCCUUAGAAGCAGUUAAUUGCAUGUCGAGUGGUGCUGCUGAGGUACUUGUAACCAUCCUUGAGUCUUGGCAUUGCUGGAAAAAUUCAGAAAGAGAAAGCUUGGUGACUCGCCUUUUCACGUUGGAGGAAAAUGAAAGAAUGAGUUGUAGAAAAUGCGGAAGGAAGCCAAAUUAUCCAGAGCAGAGUUCUUACGGCAUUGUUGUAGCUUCAGAUUCAAUCAGAAACGUUAAGUGUGCUUUUGGGGAUAUAAAGUUUGUGGAUGUCCUCAAGGUGACCCGCAUGAAUUAUAAAAUGUUAUGUGACAUUAAAACUGGAGGCUGUGGAACGUCAAAUUGUGUUCAUCACGUUAUAAGUAGAUGCCCACCUAUCUUCAUAAUCGUGUUAGAAUGGGAGAAGAGUGAAACUGAAAAGGAAAUUUCUGAAACAACAAAAGCUCUGGAGUGGGAGAUAGAUAUCAGCAGGCUGUACGAAGGCUUAGAACCAAACACUAACUACCGUCUUGUGUCUAUGGUUGGUUAUGGUGAAGAAGACGAAGAACACAUCUGCAUGGUUUAUGAAAAGAACAGGUGGGUCAAUCUCAGACGUGAGUCUUUAGCAGGAGAGGUUGUUGGUAGCUGGAAGAGUGUGGUUAGAUUCUGUGGAGAAAGGAAGAUUCGGCCAGAGAUUCUGUUCUAUGAAGCUGUCCUAUAUGUGAGGACCUAACAAGUGUAUCAACAUGGUGAAAACCAUCAUCGAUGUAUAAAACAUUGAGAAUUUGGCUCUGACAUUAUGUACUUAGACUCAUAUCUUGAAUCAAGUUUGAUAGUCAUGUUAAACUUGAUCUUUUCAAGAGA